AUGGCAGUUUUUCUUUCAACAAACAUAGCUAAAACUGAUGCUGGCCAUGAGGCUAAAACUGAUGCUGGCCAUGAGGCUAAAACUGAUGCUGGCCAUGAGUCUAAAACUGAUGCUGGCCAUGAAGCUAAAACUGAUGCUGGCCAUGAGGCUAAAACUGAUACUGGCCAUGAGGCUAAAACUGAUGCUGGCCAUGAGGCUAAAACUGAUGCUAGCCAUGAGGCUAAAACUGAUGCUGGCCAUGAGUCUAAAACUGAUGCUGGCCAUGAGGCUAAAACUGAUGCUGGCCAUGAGUCUAAAACUGAUGCUGGCCAUGAGUCUAAAACUGAUGCUGGCCAUGAGGCUAAAACUGAUGCUGGCCAUGAGGCUAAAACUGAUGCUGGCCAUGAGGCUAAAACUGAUGCUGGCCAUGAGGCUAAAACUGAUGCUGGCCAUGAGGCUAAAACUGAUGCUGGCCAUGAGUCUAAAACUGAUGCUGGCCAUGAGGCUAAAACUGAUGCUGGCCAUGAGUCUAAAACUGAUGCUGGCCAUGAGUCUAAAACUGAUGCUGGCCAUGAGGCUAAAACUGAUGCUGGCCAUGAGGCUAAAACUGAUGCUGGCCAUGAGGCUAAAACUGAUGCUGGCCAUGAGGCUAAAACUGAUGCUGGCCAUGAGGCUAAAACUGAUGCUGGCCAUGAGGCUAAAACUUAUGCUGGCCAUGAGGCUAAAACUGAUGCUGGCCAUGAGGCUAAAACUGAUGCUGGCCAUGAGGCUAAAACUGAUGCUGGCCAUGAGGCUAAAACUGAUGCUGGCCAUGAGGCUAAAACUGAUGCUGGCCAUGAAGCUAAAACUGAUGCUGGCCAUGAGGCUAAAACUGAUGCUGGCCAUGAGGCUAAAACUGAUGCUGGCCAUGAGGCUAAAACUGAUGCUGGCAAUGAGUCUAGAAAAUUGUUUUCGAUGUGGAAAGUGUGGUGGAGAGGCUAA